GGUGCUUGUGGAAUUCAAAAGAGCUCAGCCACCCCCACUGCCUUCACUGAGGUGGCUUCUUCCUGGCUUUAGUCAGAGGACACAGGCUGUGCUGAAGGGUCCCACAAGACCUUUUUGGUAGGGCGACGAGUUAAAGGCUGGACUGUCAGCCGGUCUCAAGCUUUGCCUUUAUUUAUAGGCAGUACAAAUCUGGAAGGAUGCCAGCCUGUUUUUAAUAUUUUGCAUAUCUCUUUUUAUAUAUUUUUGAAUGACACCUGCUGUAUGUCUGCACUUUAAGGGCACUGCUGUGCUCUCUUGAAUUGCGGGUGCCUACGAAGACCUUCCAUUUAUCACUGCAUUAGAGGAUACAGUGGGAAGCCCUGGCUGCAAAUCCUGGUUGGAAGAAGAAGCACACUAUAUAUAGACUUAUAUAUACAUAUAUUGGAUUUUUCUGGGCUAGGGUAUAGGAUCUGGUGGUUGUCUCCUCAAAAUGGCUCAUGCUGCUGCUUCUAUUAAAAAAGUGCGGGACCUGGAGCUGUCUUCCAUUGAUGAGAAGGAGAAAGAGAAAGAGAGGGAAAGGAAGAGGCGUAAGAUCUCUAGGGAACGUAUGGAUCGUAAGCGCAAGUCAGACAGCAAUGCAAGCUUCCUCAGAGCUGCACGAUCUGGCAAUUUGGACAAAGUUGUGGAGUACCUGAAAGGGGGCGUAGACAUCAAUACUUGUAACCAGAAUGGACUCAAUGCUCUCCACCUUGCUGCCAAAGAGGGCCAUAUUGACCUUGUGCAAGAAUUACUUGAAAGAAGAUCUGCAGUGGAUUCUGCAACCAAGAAAGGAAACACAGCUCUACACAUUGCCUCCUUGGCUGGACAAGCAGACGUGGUCAAAAUACUUGUCAAGCAAGGUGCUAACAUCAAUGCUCAGUCUCAGAAUGGCUUCACCCCUCUGUAUAUGGCGGCACAAGAGAACCACCUUGAUGUAGUCAAAUAUUUACUCGAAACUGGGGCCAACCAGAGCACUGCCACAGAGGAUGGAUUCACUCCUUUAGCUGUCGCAUUACAACAAGGACAUAACCAGGUGGUAGCUAUUCUUUUGGAGAACGAUACCAAGGGCAAGGUUAGACUUCCCGCUCUGCAUAUUGCAGCCAGAAAGGAUGACACAAAGUCUGCAGCCCUAUUGCUUCAGAAUGACCACAAUGCAGAUGUGCAGUCAAAGAUGAUGGUGAAUAGGACAACAGAGAGUGGUUUUACCCCACUUCAUAUAGCUGCACACUAUGGGAAUGUAAAUGUGGCCACGCUUUUGCUCAACAGAGGUGCUGCUGUGGACUUUACAGCCAGGAAUGGAAUUACCCCUCUGCAUGUUGCAUCCAAAAGAGGAAAUACAAAUAUGGUAAAACUUUUGUUGGAUCGUGGAGGACAAAUUGAUGCCAAAACAAGAGAUGGGCUUACUCCUUUACAUUGUGCAGCACGGAGUGGACAUGACCCGGUGGUAGAACUUCUUCUUGAAAGAGGAGCACCACUGCUUGCAAGGACUAAGAAUGGACUCUCCCCUCUUCACAUGGCUGCUCAGGGAGACCAUGUUGAGUGUGUCAAACAUCUGCUUCAGCACAAAGCUCCAGUUGAUGAUGUAACACUGGAUUACUUGACAUCACUGCAUGUUGCAGCUCACUGUGGACAUUAUCGAGUAACCAAACUGCUCCUCGACAAAAGGGCAAAUCCUAAUGCUCGUGCACUGAAUGGUUUUACUCCAUUGCACAUUGCUUGCAAGAAAAACCGUAUCAAAGUUAUGGAACUCCUAGUGAAAUAUGGGGCUUCAAUCCAAGCUAUAACAGAGUCUGGUCUCACUCCAAUACAUGUGGCCGCAUUCAUGGGUCACUUGAACAUAGUCCUCCUUCUGCUGCAGAAUGGAGCCUCUCCAGAUGUCACUAACAUUCGUGGAGAAACAGCACUUCACAUGGCUGCACGUGCUGGACAAGUAGAAGUGGUCCGUUGCCUCCUGAGAAAUGGUGCCCUUGUAGAUGCCAGAGCCAGGGAGGAGCAGACACCUCUGCACAUUGCCUCUCGUUUGGGCAAAACAGAAAUUGUCCAGCUGUUACUUCAACACAUGGCUCACCCAGAUGCUGCAACAACAAACGGCUAUACACCACUUCAUAUAUCUGCGAGGGAAGGGCAAGUUGACGUAGCAUCAGUCUUGCUGGAGGCUGGUGCUGCGCAUUCAUUGGCUACCAAGAAGGGAUUUACACCGCUACAUGUGGCAGCAAAACAUGGAAGCCUAGAUGUGGCCAAAUUACUCUUGCAGCGUCGGGCCCUUCCUGAUGCAGCAGGAAAGAAUGGUCUCACGCCACUCCAUGUUGCUGCUCACUAUGACAAUCAGAAGGUGGCGCUGCUGUUACUGGAAAAGGGCGCUUCCUCUCAAGUCACUGCUAAGAAUGGCUACACCCCACUGCACAUUGCUGCCAAGAAGAACCAAAUGCAGAUAGCUACAACACUUCUAAACUAUGGAGCAGAGACCAACAUUCUGACCAAUCAGGGAGUGACACCACUUCACCUUGCAGCCCAGGAGGGACAUGCUGAUUUGGUAACACUGCUGCUGAAUAAGAAGGCCAACAUUCAUGUCGGAACUAAGAAUGGACUGACACCGCUGCACCUCGCAGCCCAGGAGGACAAGGUGACUGUAGCAGAAAUAUUGUCAAAGAAUGGGGCCAAACUUGAUGCUCAAACUAAGCUGGGUUACACACCGCUAAUUGUGGCUUGUCACUAUGGAAACAUAAAGAUGGUGAACUUCCUUCUAAACCAUGGAGCAAGUGUCAAUGCUAAAACCAAGAAUGGCUAUACGCCAUUGCAUCAAGCUGCUCAGCAGGGGCAUACCCACAUUAUAAACGUUCUACUGCAGCAUGGUGCCAAGCCCAACGUUACAACUGCAAAUGGCAACACUGCCCUGGCGAUUGCUAGACGUCUGGGAUAUAUCUCUGUGGUGGAUACUUUGAAGGUUGUUACAGAAGAGAUUGUCACUACAACUACGACUGUGACAGAGAAACACAAGCUUAAUGUGCCUGAGACAAUGACAGAAGUUCUGGAUGUUUCUGAUGAGGAAGGAGAUGAUACAAUGACGGGAGAUGGUGGCGAGUACCUACGACCUGAGGAUUUAAAAGAACUUGGAGACGAUUCAUUGCCAGGCAGUCACUAUUUGGACGGAAUGAACUAUCUAAGGUACAGCUUGGAAGGAGGACGCUCAGACAGCAUUAUGCCUAGCCUGCGAUCCUUCAGUUCAGACAGGUCCCAUUCCGUGAGCCAUACAUCUUACCUUAGGGGAAGUGCCCUGAUAGAUGACACCGUUAUCCUCCCAAAGGAACAGGUUUCAUAUUUAACACACACAGACCCAAACGCCUACCGAUUUAGCUGGGGGGCCGACAAUCUAGACAAUAUUGCACUGUCUUCUAGCCCAAUUCAUUCCGGCCACAUGUCUCCUUGUUUUGACCGAGACAACAGCAGUUUCCUAGUUAGUUUCAUGGUGGAUGCCCGUGGAGGUGCCAUGAGAGGCUGUAGGCACAAUGGACUGAGAAUAAUGAUUCCAUCUCGGAAAUGCACUGCCCCAACAAGAGUAACCUGUCGCUUAGUAAAACGCCAUCGACUGGCAACUAUGCCCCCUAUGGUGGAAGGAGAAGGAUUAGCCAGUCGUCUAAUUGAAGUUGGCCCUUCUGGGGCUCAGUUCCUUGGUAAGCUACACCUUCCUACGGCCCCUCCCCCUCUAAAUGAGGGAGAAAGCUUGGUCAGUCGAAUCCUUCAACUGGGACCUCCUGGGACCAAAUUUCUUGGCCCUGUAAUAGUGGAAAUCCCACAUUUUGCGGCUCUGAGAGGAAAAGAGAGAGAACUUGUGAUACUUCGCAGUGAGAAUGGAGACAACUGGAAAGAACACUUUUGUGAAUUUACAGAGGAUGAGCUUAAUGAGAUACUCAAUGGCAUGGAUGAAGUCCUGGAUUCUAAUGAGGAACUUGAAAAGAAGCGCAUUUGCCGUAUUAUCACCAGGGACUUUCCACAGUAUUUUGCAGUGGUGUCCCGUGUAAAACAGGAUAACAACCUUAUUGGACCUGAGGGUGGAAUUCUGAGCAGCACUGUUGUCCCUCAAGUACAAGCAGUCUUUCCAGAAGGUGCCCUCACAAAAAGAAUCCGUGUUGGUCUUCAGGCUCAGCCAGUGAUCGUAGACCUUAUAAAGAAGAUUUUAGGCAACAAAGCCACUUUCAGUCCUAUAGUUACUUUGGAACCUAGAAGAAGGAAGUUCCACAAGCCAAUAACCAUGACAAUCCCUGUACCAAAAGCCUCCAGUGAGGCAAUGCAAAAUGGAUAUGGAGGGGAUACCCCUACAUUAAGAUUACUAUGCAGUAUAACUGGUGGUACCACUCCUGCACAAUGGGAAGAUAUCACUGGAACAACUCCUCUUACAUUCAUUAAUGAAUGUGUGUCUUUUACUACUAAUGUAUCAGCCAGGUUCUGGUUAAUAGACUGCCGACAAAUCCAGGAGUCUGUUACUUUUGCUGGCCAAGUGUAUAGAGAAAUUAUAUGUGUGCCAUACAUGGCCAAAUUUGUUGUAUUUGCCAAAUCCCAAGAUCCCAUUGAAGCCCGCCUGCGAUGCUUUUGCAUGACUGAUGACAAAGUGGACAAGACAUUAGAACAGCAGGAGAAUUUUGCAGAGGUUGCCAGAAGCAGAGACGUAGAGGUGCUUGAAGGAAAACCUAUCUAUGUAGACUGUUUUGGCAAUUUGGUACCAUUAACAAAGAGUGGCCAACAUCAUAUAUUUAGCUUCUAUGCCUUUAAAGAAAACCGUCUACCAUUAUUCGUUAAGGUGCGAGAUACCACUCAGGAACCUUGUGGACGCCUGUCAUUCAUGAAGGAGCCAAAAUCUACAAGAGGCCUUGUAUACCAAGCCAUUUGCAAUCUGAAUAUUACAUUGCCACUUUAUAAUAAGGAAUCAGACUCAGACCAAGAACCAGAGGAUGAGGGGACGAUAACAUCAGAAAAAAAUGAUGACGAGACAGAAUCCACAGAAACUUCCAUUCUGAAAAGCCAUCUUGUUAAUGAUGUGCCAGUUCUAGCAAGCCCAGAUUUGCUGUCUGAAGUGUGUGAGAUGAAGCAAGACUUGAUUAAAAUGACUGCAAUUUUGACUACAGACUCUGCUCAGAAGGCCGGCUCUCUCAAAGCAAAAAAUAUUGACAAAGGAGACGAGGAUCCAGGAGAACCUUUUGAAAUUGUUGAAAGGGUGAAAGAAGAUCUUGAGAAGGUUAAUAAAAUCUUAAGAACUGGAACCUAUACUAAGGAAGAAUCAUUUAUUGAGGGAGUCCAAGCUUUGUGGCCUUACAAAAAAGAAGAAGAAUGGGUCAUUCUUAGUGAGGAAGAAGUCCAAGAGGCUAAAUUAAAUGCACAUCUUGAAAUUGAGGAAACACCAUGUAUAGAAGUUAUAAUUGACAGAGGUGAAAAGAAAAAGAUAAAAUCUGAUCAGACAGAAAUUGUGAAAUAUCUCACAAAUGACUUAAAUACCUAUAUCCCUGGCCAUGAAGUAAUAAUAAAAAGUCAAAUGCAAAGAAAAGAACAACGCAAAAUACCUUUAGAGAUUAAAAAACCUAUUAGACGAAAAUUAAAGGAAAGGCAGAAAGAAGAAGAAAGACAAGGACUAACAAAAUUUAGUUCAGAAGAAUCAUUAGAUGAUGAAAUAGGUCCACUGACAACUGCUGUUACCAAUGCUAAAGAUGUAUCACCUUCAGUUGAGGAAACACCUAUUGGAUCAAUAAAAGAUAAAGUUAAAGUGCUUCAAAAACAAGUUGAGGAAGAGCAAAAAGUAUUACAAGAUGAAAUAGGUCUUAUUGCAACUACAAUUACAGAUGCCAAGAAAGUAUCACCUGUAAUUGAGGAGACACCUAUUGGAUCAAUAAAAGAUAAAGUCAAAGCUCUUCAAAGACAAGUUGAUGAAGAGCAAAAGGCAUUAGAUGGUAAAAUAGGUUUUAAUGUAUCUUCUGUUACAGAUGCAAAGAACACAUCAUCUGUAACUGAGGAGACACCAAUUAGAUCCAUAAAAGAUAAAGUUAAAGCUCUUCAAAGACAAGUUGACUCAGAGCAAAAUAUAUUCAAUGAUGAACUAUAUAUUACUGUAACGGAUGUUACAGAUGCUCCUGAAGUGUCAUCUGUCAUUGAGGAGACACCAAUUGGAUCAAUAAAAGAUAAAGUGAAAGCACUUCAAAAACAAGUUGAGGAAGAGCAAAAAGUAUUACAAGAUGAAAUAGGUCUUAUUGCAACUACUUUUGCAGAUGAUGAGGAAAUUGAGGAGACUCCAAUUAGAUCAAUUAAAGAUAAGGUUCAAGCUCUCCAGACUGAGGUUGAUGAAGAUAAAGAUGAUGGAACAGGUCUUACUACAACUGCAAUUGCAGAUGCUAAGAGAGUAUCACCUGUGAUUGAAGAGACACCAAUUGGAUCAAUAAAAGAUAAGGUAAAAGCUCUUCAAAAACGAGUUGAGGAAGAACAAAAACCUCUUUCAAGUAAAUCAAGUAAAGUACAAAAACAUGCUUCUUUUGACUGUGUUACUGAGCAAAAAGUUCAGAGAAGCAAACCUACUAUUUCCCCCUCUGCUAAAACAGAAAGACUGGAAGAGACUAUGUCUGUUCGGGAACUAAUGAAAGCAUUCCAAUCAGGUUAUGAUCCUUCAAAGGCAAGAUCUGGACUUUUUGAACAUAAAACUGUAAAAUCUACAAUUCAAUUAUGUGAAGACGAACAGAGGGAAUCACUUAAAGCAUGCACAUUCCAAGAUUCCAAGGAUUCCAGUAAUAUUAAAGAAGAGAUACAUAUUGAAUAUUCAGAAAAAGAGACAGAAGUAAGACACUGGGAAAAUGAAGAGCUAAUGCAAACAGAAACUACUGCUUUAGAGUUAGACUCAACAAAAGAGGAGUUCAACACUACUGAAAAUACAUCAGAACAUAGAGUGAGACAGGUAUGCGAGUUAUCUGAAUCUAUUUGUUCAAUAUAUAAUGAAGAACGUGCCAAACAACAUAAGGUAAGAACAAGCAGUAGCGACCAGGAUGUGGAUCCACAGAUUAGUCCAGAUAGAAAAACAUCCACAGAUUUUUCUGAAGUUAUUAAAGAAGAACUUGAGGAUAAUGACAGAUAUUUACAGUUCAAACUUCUUACAGAAACGGAAGGCGCUCAGUUAAAUUUAGAUCAAGUUCUAAUUAGUCCCUUCAAUGUUACAUUUCCCUCUGACUACGAGACAGGGGGAUUUUUACCAGGUUUACAAGUACGAGGUGAUACAUUUGAUGAUAGUUCAGAUAGCCUUAAACAUGAGGGAGUAGCAGAUUCUCCUGGCAGUUUGUUGGAUGGAACCCCUCAGAUCAGUUCUGAGGAUAGCUUGAAACAUGAAGGUCUAGCUGAAACUCCAGGGACAAGCCCUGAAAGCCUUUCAUGCUCCCCUAAAAAAUCAAACGAACAGACUGAUGAAGGAUUAAAUACAUCUCCAAAUACAGUAUCAAAGCCAAGUUCAACAUUUGAUGAUCAUGAUCAACUGCUGCAACUGCAAAUAUUGGAAAAUGAGUCUAAAGAUGGUCAAACAGAAAUGUCAAGUACUAUAAAAAACAUCUAUACAGAUAAGCCUUUUGCAGAAUGUAUUGAAGUAACAGAAAUGAAUAAAGAUAGAAAUGAACAUUAUGUUACAUUUAAAGGACACCAAAUACUGGAACUUGUUCUCUCUAGUCAAAAUGAAGAACCUAGUAGUCCAGUAGCAGAUGAGUCAAGUGCAAUUAGUCAUAAAGAUUCUUUGGAAUCAAGUCCAGUGAUAGAAGACAACUCUUCACACAAAACCCCAGAUUCUUUAGAGCCAAGCCCAACAAAGGAAUCUCCAUGCCGUGAUUCCCUUGAAAGCAGUCCCGUAGAGCACAAAUUUGGCAUUUUGUUAAACUCAGCUGCUCAUCAUGCUAGUCUGAAAUCUGAUUUGACCACAGAGGUAACAUCAUUGCGCUCCAGAAUUCUCAGGGACCCAGAUGGAAGUGCUGAGGAUGAUAGUGUAGAACAAACAUCACUUAUGGAAAGUUCAGGAAAAAGCCCACUUUCUCCUGACACUCCAAGUUCUGAAGAAAUAAGUUAUGAAGUCACCCCAAAAUCACAAGAUUUACAGGCAUUUUCUAUGCUUCCAAAGCCAGGGACAAUUCCAGAAGUUGCUGAAGAAGUAGAAGAGGAUUCAGAAAGGGAACCAAAGAGAAGAUUUACACCAGAAGAAGAAAUGUUCAAAAUGGUCACAAAGAUCAAAAUGUUUGAUGAACUUGAACAAGAAGCAAAGCAGAAGAGAGAAUGCAAAAAGGAGUCAAGGCAUGAUGAAAGUACAUCAUCUGACUUAAGCAAUUCAAAUGGAGAUGAUUUAGAAGGAGCUGAUAUAAAAUUAGUACAAAAUAAUGAUGUAAACAUUGUAGUCAUGGCAGUAGAAAGCAGAAAAAGUUCUUCAUCUUCAGAAAGUGAACCUGAAUUAACUCAACUGAAAAAAGGAGCAGACUCUGGACUCUUGAUGGAUCCUGUAAUCAGAGUUCAACCUCCCUCACCAUACGCACCCAGUUCUAGCUCAAGCCCCGAAGACACAGCCUUUCAACCAAUUGCAGAAGACAGCCAACAAAGUUAUGUUAGCACUAUAGAUAGAAAUCUGGAAGAUGUAAACACUCACGGAACCUUACCUUUUUCAAAUGAGGGUGCCAUGACUAUUACACCUAGUUCAGCUGAUAUAGAGGAAAGACAGAUGGAGGGUGUAGAAAACAGAGAGCCAGUAAGCCCGAAUGGACCAGCAUAUACUUCAUAUUUAACAGAGGUGGAGGAGAGGCCAGAAGAGAAAAUUGAUUUUCUUCAUAGUAAAUCACCUGAAGGUGAUGGCGAUUUAUCUUCCAGUACACAGGAUUCUUGCAGUGCAGUCAAGAGUAAACAAACAUGUGAUAAUAUAAAAGAUCAAGAAGAUGGAAGCCAAUAUUUUUCAAGUGAAAACAAGUCAGAAAGCAGUAGAGUAGUACUUAAAAGUAUUGGGUCUGCUACAGAUUUAACUGAUGAUAAGAAGAACUAUGAGGAAAUUGUUGGUUUGGAAUGCAUGUCAUCUAGUGAAUUUAUAUCUUCCAAUGCAAAGAUUGGUUCCCAUCAUAGUGAAUUAGAUUAUAAUGUGGAAAAUAUAGCUUUUCAUGAUAUUACAAAUCAGACCGCACAGCACUCUUUCAAAGUUGAGAAUCAAGAAAAAUGUAGUGGGUCUAUAGAAAGAGAACAGGAACAUUUAAAAAAUGUACAGCCUUCAGUUGAUGAAAACCUGAGUAUCCCUUUCAGUGUAGACAAAAUAGAUGAUGUGCUGAUGGAGAGUACUGAUGAAAGUGAGCUAGAAAGCCCAAAUGGGCAAGGAACUACAAGUAUUUUUAAAACUUCAUGUUUAACUGAUGGCGAAGAAAGACAGGAAAAGGUUGUGAAGGAUAUGUUACCUGUUUUUCAUCAUACUGAAUCCUUUGAAGAGGAAGUUGGUUUAGAAUGUGUACCGGAUAUUGACAUAUCUCCAAGCAUACUUGAUACUUUUCAAUCAGAAGAGUAUCACCUUAAGUGUGCUGAUACCGUAGAAACUGAACUGGAGGGUUAUAACAAAGAUAUUUCAUUUCAACCUCAUGAUAAUGAAGUCACAGAAAAGAAUGUAGAGACCAAGCUACAUGAUUUCCAUCACAGAGAACCAUCUGAAGAAGAAAUUAGCUUGGAAUUUAGACCGCCUCAUAAUCUUAUAUCUCCCAAUGCACAAGAUUCUUACAAAGGAGAAGAAAGUGAACGAACAUUUUAUGGCACUUUAGAGACAGAACAGGAAGAUCAGGAUCAUUUCAGUAUUUCUGCCAAUACAAAUGUAUCAGAUAAAGUGCAGACAGAAAGUGCAUGUGAAAGUUUGCCCAAAAGCCCAGAUGAACUAAAACUGAAGAGUAAUGUAUCUAUUACACACUUAACUGAUUAUGAGGAAACCAUUAAGAAAGUGGAAGACAUACCAAGUGAUAUACCUGAAGAUCAUAUUGGGGUGAAAUAUAUACACCCUUAUGAUAUUGCAUCUCCCAUUGUACAUGAGGCAGAAGAAAGUCAACAGAAAUGUUAUGACACUAAAAAAACAGAAGAGGAAGAUAUUAAAAUGCAUUUUCCAACUGAUGAAAUCAAAAGUACUCCCUAUAAUGAUGAUGAUGAUGAUGAUGUGCAAAUGGAGAGUGCAGAUGAAAAUGAGCUGGAAAGCCCUAAUGGACCAGUAAUGAACACUAAUGUAUAUACUACAGAUGUAAUUGAGGAUAACGAGAGACUGGAAAAAAAAGUGGAGACCAUGUCACAUGAUUUCCAUCAUAGGGAAUUAUCCGAAGAAAAUAUUGAUCUUGAAUGUAUACAUCCCCAUGAAUUUACAACUCCAGGUGUAGAAAUUUUUCAGGAACAUUAUACCACUAAGUGCCUAGAACAUAUUUCAGACAACAAUAUUAUACAAACAACUGAAGGUGAUAGUUCUUCUUUGAUAUCACCAGUUAAAAGUGAUUGCAUAGAAACUGAAAAUACAUGUGAUACAUUACAUUCUGUAAUUCCAAGUGUUGGUUUUCUGUCUUCCUCAAUGCCUUUUCAAAACAUGGAGAAUAACAUAGCAUUGGAUAGUACAGCAGAGGUUGAAAGCAGCACUUGUGAUCCAGCAGUAAUAAGUCCAUAUGAAAAUGUUCCGUUAGGCCAUUUUUUCAACAGUCAAGAUAUUUUGCUAGAGACAGAGGAAAAACAAAAUAUAUCUUCAACCCUCAUAGACACUGAAAGAAAAGUGUCUAUUUCACAAACAAAUAGUGAUAUUUUUGGUGAAGAAGAAAGCGAUAACCGUUCAGCAGAUCUUUUGGAGUCCAACACAAAACAUACAUCUUGGUGUUCAUCAGCUAGUAGUGAAGUAGAUGAAAGUUGUCCCAGAGCUGAAGUAUCAAGUAAUACAUCAGAUGAUCAGUUUAGCAAAAUAAUCAUAACAAGACCUGAUGCUGACUCUUCUUCUUGGAGCUGUAUAAGAGAAGAUGAUGAAGCUUUUGAGGCAAGAGUAAAAGAAGAAGAACAAAAAAUAUUUGGUCUAAUGCCAGACAAACAGUCCCAGGGCACAACUCCUGAUACCACUCCUGCACGUUCACCCACAGAAGAUGGUACACCAACUAAUGAACAAAAUCCUUUUUUGUUUCAAGAAGGAAAGCUUUUUGAAAUGACUCGUAGUGGAGCUAUUGAUAUGACCAAAAGGAACUAUGUAGAUGAAAGCUUCCACUUUUUCCAGAUAGGUGAGAAUUGUGGUCAAGAGGCCAUAAUUGAAGAAAUCAAAGAGGAGAGUGGGGAUGAGGAGUCAGUGAACCCUGAUGGUUUUUCAAAUCUAUUAGCUUCUGAAGACUUUGAUAAUGAAUCUGAGGAGCUACAAGGCACUUGUAAAACCUUGUGUGAUACUGAUCUUAAUACUGAUGAGUUAGACUUAGCAGCAGUUGAUGAUAAUGACAGAGAAGAAACAAGGGCAGAUCGAAAAUCUAGAAUUCCCAUUAAAAUAGGAAUUACUGCCUCUACAGCAACAUCCAAACAAUUUGAUUCAGAGAUUCCUCUUAGUGAGGAGCAGUUAACAUUCAGUAGUUUACAUGACUCAUCCCCUUCACCACCUGAAAAAUGUGUUGUAAAUCUGCAAAUUGAUUUUACGCCUUUUGCUAAAUUGGAGUGCCCUGAGCGUGGUCAUUCUCCUGAUUCUUCACCAGAAGAACAAAAGUCAGUUAUUGAAAUCCCAACAGCCAUUAUGGAAUGUGGUUCCUCUGCUUCAGUGAGAUCAAAAAUCCCUGUAAGAUCUGUAUCAGAAGAGCCCUCGCAUACAUUCAAUAUUGGCAAUGCAUCCUGUUGUCCAGCUAAUGAUAUUUCUUUGGAAGAUCAAAAGCCAAAAUCAAAGAUUCCUGUCAAAGCAUCCUUACCAAAAGCAGAUCAACAUUUUCCAUUCACAGAUACAUCAAGUCUUAAAAUGUUAGAAGUUAAUAGUAAGUUGCCUUUAAAACAAGACAGAAGCAAAUCUGAAUCUGACUCGCGCUCAUCUUUUGAUGUGAAAACCGCGCCGUCUGUGAAAACUAGAAGUUGUACAGAGACUUUUUUUGAGAGCACUGAAAAAUCAACUUGCUUCUUUGAAGAAGAAACAAGUGAAGCAACUAAACCAAAGUCAUAUUCUUCUAGAUUACCAGUUAAGGCAAGGAAUAUAUCUGCCUCCCAAAUAAAAACCAGUACCUCAACUGAGGAUCAAGAACAGUUUUUUGAAAUAUAUAAAAACUCCAUUGACUUUUUUGAAGAGAUAAGUGAUGAAGCUUCAAAGCUGGUUGAUAGAAUUCAACAAGCAGAAAGGGAGCAAGAACCUAUAUCUGAUGAUGAGAGUAGUGCCUUUGAAAUCUCAGUGAUUGAAAAUUUUCCAGCACCUGGAUCUCAGCAGUCUGUUCCUGAAGAUCUAUUUGACACAAGGCCCAUAUGGGAUGAGUCUAUUGAGACUCAAAUUGAGCGCAUCCCUGAUGAUCAUAGCCAUGAUAAUUUUCAAGUAGAUUUCCAAGAAGAUGGCAGAACAGAGGAAAGGCUUGCACAUAUUGCUGAUCACCUAGGCUUCAGCUGGACAGAGCUAGCAAAAGAACUGGACUUUACAGAGGAACAAAUUCAACAAAUACGAGUUGAAAACCCCAAUUCAUUACAGGACCAGAGCCAUGCACUGCUAAAGUAUUGGUUGGAAAGAGAUGGAAGACAUGCCACGGAUAUCAGUUUAAAUCAGUGCCUCACUAACAUUAAUCGAAUGGAUAUUGUUCAUCUCAUGGAGACAAGUAUCCAGGAGCCUCCAGGUGGUCGCGCCAACCGCACAUAUGCAGACAUAGAACAGUCACUCACCAUGGACCGUAGUGAAGGUUUUUCUGCGAUUCAGGAUGAAUUUGGUAGUCCCCAGAAAAAGAUAACUGUUGAUAAUCGCACAGCACCAGAGAGCGAGAGAGCUGGACCUCCACCUUUGGUGUCUGAGGAGGACAUUUCAAUCAGUUACUCAUCCUUCCAUGAAAGCUCCUCCAAGCCUGAGGAUGACAAGUCUGUUGUUGAAAUACUCCGUCUAUUGCAGAAAGAGAAAGUGGAAGCAGAGUUCACAAGGGAACAAGAGGAAUUAUCAGGGGCAUUAUCUUCAGAACAACAACAAGAAUAUUAUGACGCAUCCCCACUUGUAGAGACUGUAUCGUCGCCUGUGGAAGCUCAAGAAUUUCUCUCUCACUCACAAGUUUCUCAGUCUCCCCAAGAAACACCAGAACCAGAGACAUUUGACCACCCUCAUCUUUACACUCCGGUAUCUGAUCAGCAUAGUGAUAGUCCUGUUGUGCAAGAACCAUCAGAAUCAUCAGAACAGGAAGACCAAUAUGCAAGUGGAAGUGACCUCUUUAUAGCUGAUUCAUCAGAUGAGCAACCAGACAAAACCAAAAGGACUGAAUAUAGGUCUUUGGAAUCAUUUGAAAAGGAGCUAGCAGAGGAACUAGGUGAGCUAGAGACCAACUCAGAUGAGGAGGAGAUGGUAACAACCAGGGUCGUUCGCCGCCGUGUGAUUAUUCAGGCGGACAAUAUGCCUGACAUUCUCCCUGAGACUGUGACUGAAGAGCAGUACACUGAUGAGCAUGGUCAUAUUGUAGUCAAAAAGGUCACUCGGAAAAUCAUCAGAAGAUUUGUUUUACCAGAUGGCACAGAAAAAGAGGAGGUGGUGGUGCAAGGAGGGAAACAGGAUCCAGUGACAAUAGAAGAAGGAGACAGUUUUUCUAAAGUUCUGAAACGUACAGUAGUAGAGAGUGACACUGAGCAGUCUGAGAUUGCAUUCUCUGAACCCAGAGUUUUAACAUCAGACUUUGAAACUGAGCAAGUAGAGGGGCGCAAGGUCAGCAAAGUAAUAAAGACUACCACGGUUCAUGGAGAAAGAAUGGAAAAAUGUGUUGGGGAUCCUAGUUUAGCAUCUGACUUGCCAUCAGCCAAAGAUGACUUUGAACAGGCCUUAAGCUAUGUGGGCGGAGAUGUUAAAUGUAACCUGCCCAUUUUAGAGGAAAAAGAGAUUAUUAAGGAGGAUGGAUCUGUAAUAAAAAGGACAAUGAUGAAUAAAGCCAGAACUCAGAAGAGGACUGUGGUGAAGGACCAGCAUGGGAAACAUGUUUUUGUUGAGCAGCUGGAGGAUGUUCCUGAAGUGCAACACAAGGAUGACCUCCAGAAUGACCUACAACAACUCCUCAACCGCUUCUGUGGGGAAGACUGGAAGAAAGAGGCCGAAUGAAUGGCUGUCACACCUACUUUAAUACAUAUCCAUAGCUAUGCUCAAGUUGCAUUUUCUUCUCUACUGAAGGGCCAUGGGUAUUGGAAGCCCAAUUCAACACUGACACUUUGGUUCCGCACAUAUAGCUGAAAGGAUUUUUGUUGCGUGUCUGUAAAUGCUACAAUUAUUUGUGACCAAAGAUAGCAUCCUUAUUUUUUGGAUGGUAUAUCCAUUAUACUCACAUUUUUAUUUGGGGCCUUUUGUCCCUUUUCUCAAACAUGCAGACGUCAUACCACAGGCCUCUUCAUAGUGAAUGCAAAGGCAACGUUAAAGAUGGACGGACCAUGCCAUGUUCAUAUACAUAGCUGAGGAACUUGGCUUUCCUGGACUGCAAAUCAUAAUUAUGCUUUGUUUCAUAGAACACAAUGAAGUGAGUGAGGGAAAUUCUUUGGAAGACAUCACGUCUUGCCCUGGUCACCUCAAUUUUGCAAGGGAAGAAACCAAUCUAAGAAGUGCAUGUAUCACAUGAAGGUGCUCUGAAAUGACUUCACAGUCUAAACCAUCUAAAUAAACGAAAUAUUUGUUAAACUAUUAAGAGGAAUCUAAUUAGAUAACCAAUAUGCUAGCUGCUUAUGUAAAGGCAUAUAUACACAUUUAAAUAUUCUAGAUUUGACAAAUGACAAGCACUACUGUACAACUACCAAGCUCUUUGAAACAGGCAGUUGAUGCUGCUCAGUGAUUGCAGCCCGCUGUUUGGUGAAUGGAUAAUGUACCAAGGUCCCCAGUUUGAAUGGAUAGGCAUCCAAGUGGCAGUCAAAAGAUCCUGCACAACCUCUAGUUGAAGAUCUAGUCUUAUGGUAGUCACAGUCUAGAAUCUAAUCAGCAGAUCACUGUGGUCUCGGUUCUAGGCAUCAGGUAUUCAGACUGAUGUAAGUAGAGCAGUUAUUUGGUAGCAGCAAUGUUUUGGCAGACCACAUUGUCUUACUACUAGCGGGAAAGUCUGGUGGCAGAAGGACUGUAAAUAUUGUAAUGGAGAAGACAUUUCCCCAGUUUCCAUAAAAAGAGAAAUGAUUUAACUCACUGUGUUUUAUCAGGAUUUCCUCUGGCACAUGCAUGUGGCAUUAAAACAAGAAAUGAAUUCCUAUAAUCCCGUGUGGAGCUUGUUAACCCCUUUUUAGCACUAAGCAGGUUUCACUGUUAAACCCCUUCCUAUUUGUGCAUCUCACCCCCCCCCCCCAUAUGCAGGUUUUGGUCUUGCUCUUUUUUUUAAUGUUUUUAUGUCUCCGAACCAAUCCUUUUCAAUCUAUGAUAGCAUUUAUGCACUUUUUUUUUUUAAAGAAGGGAUUAUAAAAAAAGGAAAUAUUUUUUUGUCUUCUGUACUUUAUUUUACUUCUGAUUUGAACUCUGUAGCCUUUUAACAUACAAAGAAAUAUAUAUAUAAAUAUAUAAAUAUGUAUAAGCACUAUACAUUUUGAACCCACUUAUUUAAUGUAAGUAUAGAUUGGUUAUCAAAGCAGAACAAACUAUUCACGUAACCAUCUAGAUGUUGCUAAUUUAUAAAUAAAACAAAAAAGAAAAAAGAAAUUAGGUCUUUUGUUAGGAAGUAAGCAGAACGACCCCCACAGUCCGAUGAAUGUCAGUUCUGUACAUGGGAAAAGUACACACUUUUUUUAAAAAUCCUUGGAUUUGUUUAAAGAUAGACCUACUGUGUAGCAUCACUUUAUUCUUUAAGAAAUAUUACUUUUUCAGAAAGCAAGAUGAGCUAAACGGAUACCUUCUCCAACAAAGUAGUGGCCCAGCUUUGUACCCAAAAGAGCUCUGAUAAGUUACAUGGAAAUUCCUGUAUACUAGUGACGGGGCCAAAGGAUACUUCCCAUCAUGCCUCUCUCAUGGCCCACAAUAGCCUUGGUCAAUGCUGGAGGGAAACAUUCUGUUGUGCUAUUUGCAGUGCAGAUGUCUGUGUAACAGCAUAAAUGGUUAAUCACUUUAUGGGUUAAGAUUUUCUUUUCUUGCCGUGUUAUCAAACAACUACUGUGAGAGUGACAUUUCAGUUGACGAUUCAGCAUCUUGUUCCCAUGGUGAUAACACUAAUUUAAUAUAUCUACGAGGGCAUGUCUUAGUUAAAAAAAAAUGGCAAAAAAAAAAAUUGACACUAACAAUACAUAGCUGCAAUGUGUACAAUGGCUGAUUUAAUUAAAUAAAGUGUUAAAUGUA